CGCCAAUUCCAUACAUUCCUUUCUCUCUCCACUGUCUCCUGCUGUUGAUUUUCCUCACCCGCCGGUUCCUCCUGGCUCCCAACUUUGAGAAGAUGAAGCAGUUGAUUCGCCGUCUCGCUCGAGUCGCUGAUUCGUCUCAGUACACUCUGCUCCGAUCCGAGUCGCGCCACCGGCGGCCGCGCCUGUCACAGUCAUUCCGAUUGGUGGCGUCUUCCAAGCUUCGGCGAUCGCAUACGGUGCCGGAAGGUCACGUGCCGGUCUACGUAGGCGAUGAGAUGGAGAGAUUCGUGGUCAGCGCGGAGCUUCUGAACCACCCGAUCUUCGUGAAGCUUCUGAACAAAUCAGCACAGGAGUACGGGUACGAGCAGCCAGGCGUGCUUCGAAUUCCCUGUCACGUCUUCGUCUUCGAGCGCGUCCUCGAAGCGCUCCGUCUCGGCCUCGACCAUGACGACGACGACGCGCGUGACAUCCACGACCUCCUGGGCUCUCCUUCCUCUGAAGACUUUUGCUAGGAUAUGGCUUCGUUGGGAGAAACAAAAAAACAGAGUGAUAGAAAAGAAAGAUAGUGAGAUCUUUUUCAUUUUCAUCUUUCUUCCUUGUAGCUUGUUUUCUUAUUUUUGCCUGUAAAUAUGCCUCACCGUCAUCUAAAGGAGGACAGAAAUUUUAUUUGUUGAUCUUUCUUCUGGUUCGUCGCUCCAA